AGAUCACAUAACGUCCUUUGAGCUCACCUGAACUCUGGGCUGCAGAUAAAAGCCUUCACCGCACAUGCAACUGCAUUCACUUGAAAGUGAGAGUGAACAUGGCAACCCGCUGGGGAAUCUGUGGAGCUGGAAACAUCAGCCAUGACUUCUGUGUGGCUCUAAAGACACUUCCUCCUGAAGAUCACAAGAUAGCUGCAGUGGCGGCAAGAAGCCUAGAACGUGCACAGAAGUUUGCAAAAACUCAUGAGAUCCCAAUUGUAUACGGCAGCUACCAGGAGCUGUUGAAGGAUCCCAAUAUCGAUGUGGUGUACAUGGGCACUAUGCACACACAUCAUCUGCAGGCGGGUCUGUUGUUCCUCAACGGUGGGAAGAACGUGCUGUGCGAGAAACCCUUCGCCAUGAACCUGCGAGAGGUCAAACAGCUCGUCUCCGCCGCCCGGGAGAACAACGUCUUCCUCAUGGAGGCGGUCUGGUCCAGGUGUUUUCCCGUGUACGCCGAGGUCGGCCGGCUGCUGUCAGAGAAAGCUGUCGGGGAUGUGAGGAUGGUGAAGGUGUAUUUCGGCCUGCCUCUGCUGGACCGUGUGCGCACCAUACAGAAGGAGCAGGGCGGAGGAGCGCUGAUGGACAUCGGCGUCUACUGCGUGCAGUUCGCACUCAUGGCUUUCAAGGGGGAAAGACCAGAAUCCAUCCACGCCACAGGAGUGCUGCUACCCUCAGGUAAAAUAAAUAUCACCACCACAUGAGCAAAAUGCUUUUUUUAAAAACCUUUCAAAGCAGAACGUUUCUCAGAAAUCAAAACUUUUGCCAUUUUGCUUUUCAAUUGUCUGCUCUGUGCUCAGGUGCCGCAUCCCAUGCAUGCUCCAACCAUUCUGGAGGUGAACGGGGAAAAGACAGAGUUUCCUCUUCCUGAACCCGGCAUACCUCUGAACUUCCAUAACAGCACCGGACUGAGAUACGAAGCGGAGGAAGUCAGGCGCUGCCUGCUGAAAGGAGUGAAGGAGAGCGCCAAGAUGUCACUCAGUGACUCAGAGCUGCUCAUGGAGGUGUUGGAUGAGGCCCGCAGGCAGGUGGGCGUGGUUUAUGAGCAGGACAGCCAAUGACUGGCCUCCGCUCCUUCACUGACCUGAUUGGAUGGUGCUACUCAAUCACGCUUGAACAUUUGUAUAAUGAAAAGUUGUGUGUGCUCUAGUGAAGGCAAACUGUCUGCAAUAAAAGUGACACAAACACAA